CGCGCGAGUUCCACCAAUCAUUCGCCCUCUGACCUCGAAACUCACGAAGCUCUCUCACCUCUCCAUCUAUUUUGCGGUACCGAGCGUGCCCCGUUACUGCAACUGCUAUCAUCGCCACCAUCACUACCACCGCCACGAUCAUUAGUCUCAUCAUCAUCAUCUUCGCUGUAAUCGUUCAUCUUUCCUUCUCUUGGUCAUUCUCUUCAAUCGUCCAGUAACGGACAGCGAUAAUCGCACGCACCGUUCGUGACGAGAUUCGCGUCUCGCGACGAUCACACGACCGAGAAUAUCUGAAGAACAAAAGAAGAAAAAGCGGUACCAAGCCGGAUAUUCGAUCUCUUCGACAGGAAAUAGAUCGGGAUCAGUGUUACUGUGCGUCGACAGACAGCGAAGCGAAGGGUUUCUUCAGUGACAACAUGACGACGGCAUUUCUGCAACGAUCCAUAAUCAUCUUCGCCAUUCUUCUGUGUUGCUUCCAGUCCUGGGUCGACGCAGUAGAUUGCGAACUCUUUCCCUAUCACUCUUCCUGCCGAGGUAUGAUGACGAAGAAACGCGCGUUUAAUAGAGGGCAUUUUAUAGAAUCUGAAGACAGCAGGGUUCCCAGGAUGAGAUAUUUAAUCGCGCUUCUCGAUAACGCUCAUAAAAUCAAGCAUGAGAGACAGGCAAAGAGAAUGCUGGAUGAUAUGCCGGAAGAGGAAAUCGUGUACCACGAUUAUUGAUUCAGCGAUCAUGGGAUUACGGAAUCGACUUUGCGAUUCACGCAAAGACACGACUGAGCGAUUGACUACUUCUUUCCAGGAAAAUCAUUCGUCCGUUCCAGGCAAAUCCUUCUUCUCUUCUUGUCAGCACCUUAUCGCAAAUCUGGCCACGAGAAACUGUGUGUGUACAUGCACGUACAUUAUUAAUGCAUUUUGACAUCUCUGAUAUAAAAAAAAAGAGAAACUGGAAUCGCACAAUUUACUUUGUUAUUAUCAGUUUUGUACAACGGACGAAUACGAAUCUACGACACCACAUCGUUUGCAUUAACUUCUUCAACAUCUUGUUACAUUUUUCAAAAAUACACAUAGAAAAACAAAUUUUAAAUGACAGAAUAUUUCGAUUUAAUAAUUUUGCAAAAAUUAGAUGCAGAGUUACGUCAGUUAAAAUCUUUAUCACCUUAUCAAUUUUCAUGUCUCCUGCGUGGUAACGCAUUUUAUCUCUAUCGUAUGUGCAUCGAUAUAGUUUGGAGAUUGAAUGAGAUGUCAUGCAAAUUCAAAAUUACUCUUCUGGCUGUUGUUCCAUGAAUUAAUUAAGUGAAAUGUUACUCGAAUGUCAAUCUCAAAUUAUUCUCCCGAUUGUUCUACGAAUAUUUAACUAAUCGUGCUGAAAGGCUUAAGAUACGUGGAUUGAUUCUCUUAAAACUCAUAUACACGCACGUACACAAGCUCGUUCUUACACGAUCGAGUUUUCUUGUACAUAAGGAGAUGUAAAACGAUAUAUGAUGUUCUAGAUUGUUUCGAUUAUAUUUCGAAUAAAGUAUAUGUACAUACUUGAUAAAAAAAAAAAACAAGAAUGUGCCCUUUACAUUAUACUUUCAAUGCAGCAGCUAAACGUGUAUUAAUCUCACCGCGCAACACCAAUAAAUCUCAAUCAUAUUA